AUGCCAGAUUCAACCGAAGUGUUAGAAAGAAGAGAUGUUAAUGGGAUUGGAGUAGGGGAUGACAGUAUAUAUGUAAGAUUGAUUACACCUAAUGAACCAAGGACGCCUGAACCAGAUAAUUUAGAAUCUCGAACACAGGAAAGAAAGAAGUCUCUCGCAUGGUGGAUGAAGGCCAUAUUAUUGUGUUUGUUCACAGCAAUUCUUCUUCUUAUAUUUGGGAAAUGGGGACUACCCUUUCUUUUAAAGAAGGUUCUUUUUCCAAUCUUGCGAUUAGAAGCCACGGCAUUUGGUCCUCCAGUGCUUGCUCUUGUGCUUGUUGCUUCAUUGGCUUUGUUCCCUUUGGUUCUGAUUCCUUCUGGCCCCUCAAUGUGGCUAGCUGGUAUGAUUUUCGGUUACGGCCUGGGAUUUGUUAUAAUCAUGAUUGGAACAACCAUUGGAAUGAUCCUGCCAUACUUAGUUGGUUUCCUCUUUCGUGAUCGUAUUCAUCAAUGGCUGAAGAGAUGGCCUCAAAAGGCUGCUGUCAUCAGAUUGGCUGGGGAAGGAAGUUGGUUCCAUCAGUUUAAAGUUGUUGCACUGUUUCGGAAUUCUCCAUUUCCAUACCCGAUCUUCAAUUAUGCAAUUGUUGUAACAAGUGUGAGAUUCUGGCCUUAUUUAGGUGGAUCAGUAGUAGGGAUGAUACCAGAAGCCUUCAUUUACAUCUACAGUGGUAGGUUGUUGAGGACAUUAGCAGAUGUCAAGUACGGGAACCAUGUGAUGACUCCAGUGGAGAUUAUUUACAAUGCCAUCUCCUUCAUCUUUGCAAUAGUCACUAUAGUUGCUUUUGGAGUCUAUACAAAGAGAACUUUGAACGACCUUAAAGCAAAGUCCAAGGGGCAAGACUCCACCAUUGCACAGUAG